AUGCAGCACCCCCUUAACACUUUCUUGGAUAUAAAACCUCCAUCAACACCAACUCCAAAACAUUCCAUCACCAUGUACGAACCAACCUAUACAUCCCCUUCGACAAACCGCCAGCUAUCGAUAUUCCCUCGCCAGUGCAACUUUCUAAAAGUCGUCGGCCUCUGGCCCUUGCAAAAAACGGAACCAGAACUCACCAAAUUCGGCUACUUCUACCGAAGCUGGUGCAUUUUCACCAUCGUCCUGGUGCUGUUGACCUGCAUUGUACAAGCUUUGUUUAUUGUGCACAACCUGCACGAUAUCUUGUACUUCACCGAGGGCUGCUGUACCGUCCUAAUGGGAUUACAUAAUUUGAUAAGGAUCAUACAUUUGUUUUGGGAACGCCGAAAGUUCAAAGCCGUCAUCAGGUUCUUCGCAAGCAAAAUCUGGUUCGCCGAAGAUGACAACGAAGUCGUGUCCAGGAUUUGCGAACGCGAAUCAGUGGUAAUCAGGAUUAUAUCAAUCAGUCUUUUACUCCUGAUAGGGAUGUAUGUUAUCCUUCCAGUGGUAGAUGUUGUUUUACACCCUGAUAUGGUCACAAAGCCCUUUCCCUACAAGAUGUGGUUUCCCUUCGAUGCCCAAAAGCCGGUGGCGUAUGUGGUUACUUAUAUACUGACUUCUUGGGCAGGAAUUUGUGUGGUGACGACGCUUUUGGCGGAGGAUAGCAUUUUUUGCUAUUUUAUUAUUUAUACUUGUGGACAGUUCAGGAUUUUGAAGGAUAAGAUUGAUGGGUUGAAGGAUGGUGAUAUGGUUAAAGCAAAUGGUGAUGUACUGGUGGAUGGUGGUGGUAUCAAGAAGGAUUUGAGGAGGAUUGUUGGACAUCAUAAUGUUUUGAUCAGUUUCUGUAACAAAUUAGAGGAGCUCUUCAGUCCAAUUCUGUUAGUAAACUUUGUCAUCAGCUCCUUUCUAAUAUGUGUCGUCGGAUUUCAAAUAGCUUCGGUAAAGAUGAGUUUGGGAAAUCUUGCAAAAUUAAUCGUGUACAUUCUAUCGGCUUUGAAUCAACUUCUGAUACUUUGUUUGUACGGAGACAAUUUGAUACACCAUAGUGUCGGAGUAGGUGAUGCCCUAUUUUUCUGUGGCUGGCACGAAUGGAAAAGACCAGACGUUACAAAAACAUUAAUUCUACCCCUCAUGAGGUCACAAAGACCUGUAAAAAUAACAGCUUUCAAAUUUUCUGUACUGUCUUUACCCAGCUUUGGGGCUAUUUUGAGUACGUCGUUGUCAUACUUUACUUUGUUGAGAACUUUCAUAGAAAGUGAAUAG